AUGGCUCCAACCACUCGAUCAAAACAAUCCACUCCUGCACCCGAGUUUGCAACGGAUUCGACAUCCACUGCCAUCUCACCUUCGCUUGGUGGUGAGAUCAAACAUAGGCCCAGAGAAGGAAGUAGAAGUAGAACACGAGAAGAGGUUUGGGAUCCUAAAUACGCUGUUGAUCUCGCUAUCGACGAGAAUGUCUUCCUCUUCGUGCCCAACUUGAUUGGAUACGUCAGAGUACUCACAGCAGCUGCUUCUCUCGUAUUCAUGCCCUACCUUCCCAAAUUGUGCACCGCCCUUUAUUUCGUCAGUUGCAUGUUGGAUGCUUUCGAUGGUAUGGCAGCUAGAGCUUUAGGUCAAACCAGUAAAUUCGGUGCUGUAUUAGAUAUGGUCACUGAUAGAUGUGCGACUGCAUGUCUAUUGACUUUCUUGACCUCUGUGUAUCCUUCUUAUUCUCUUCUCUUCAUGUUCUUGAUCACUUUGGACUUUUCGUCACAUUACAUUCACAUGUACUCAUCAUUGGUUACCGGUUCAUCAAGUCACAAGACCGUUACUUCGGAUGUCUCCAGAAUUCUAUGGUAUUACUACAAUGAUUCUAGAACAUUGUUCAUCUUCUGUUUCGCCAACGAAGUAUUUUUUGUCUGCCUUUACCUCAACGCGUUCUUGAAGUCCCCAAUCACCUCUUCAUUCCCCAUCCCAUCCAUUCUUCUCAACUCAAGUCUCGCUCUCUCACACCCUAAACUCUUCGGGACAGUCAUUUACACUCUCAAGAACUUGACUUGGCCUCAAGUAGUUGGUGCCAUCACAUUCCCUAUUUGUGCUGCCAAACAAGCUAUAAACGUUGUCCAGUUCUGGAAGGCAUCCAAAAUUCUCGUUGGUGUCGAUCUCGCUGAAAGACAAGCUGCCCGAGAAGUUGCUGCUCAAAAAGCUCGAGGGCAAUAA